AAUGCGGAAGCGCCUCACACCCCCUCAGCCGGCUGGGGCGCAGCCAUUUUAAUUCAUAUCAGAGUGGGCGGCGGCGAUUUUUGCGGCGUCUUUGGCUCUGCGGGACAGGGGGUAGCGUUACUGGUUUUGGUGGGGUUGUCUUUAGUUUGAUUUUUCCUUUCUAGCUUCCCACCGCCGGCUUGUGUGUACGUUGUAAUCCUCUGAGGCCAUGUCAGGAGACGCAGCCGCGGAGCAGGCAGCUGAAUAUGUCCCAGAGAAGGUGAAGAAAGCGGAAAAGAAAUUAGAAGAAAAUCCAUAUGACCUUGAUGCUUGGAGCAUUCUCAUUCGAGAGGCACAGAAUCAACCUAUAGACAAAGCACGGAAGACUUACGAACGCCUUGUUGCCCAGUUCCCCAGUUCUGGCAGAUUCUGGAAACUGUACAUUGAAGCAGAGAUUAAAGCUAAAAAUUAUGACAAAGUUGAAAAGCUAUUUCAAAGAUGCCUUAUGAAGGUUUUGCACAUUGAUUUAUGGAAGUGUUAUCUUUCAUAUGUCAGAGAAACCAAGGGUAAACUGCCAAGUUACAAAGAAAAAAUGGCUCAAGCUUAUGACUUUGCACUGGAUAAAAUUGGAAUGGAAAUUAUGUCCUAUCAGAUUUGGGUAGAUUACAUCAAUUUCUUAAAAGGCGUGGAAGCUGUAGGAUCUUAUGCAGAAAAUCAGAGAAUAACUGCUGUCCGAAGAGUUUAUCAACGAGGUUGUGUUAAUCCAAUGAUCAACAUUGAACAACUCUGGAGAGACUACAACAAGUAUGAAGAGGGUAUCAAUAUUCAUUUAGCUAAAAAGAUGAUUGAAGAUCGGAGUAGAGACUACAUGAAUGCUAGACGUGUAGCAAAGGAAUACGAGACAGUGAUGAAAGGUUUGGAUCGCAAUGCUCCUUCAGUGCCUCCUCAGAAUACCCCUCAAGAAGCUCAGCAGGUAGACAUGUGGAAGAAGUACAUCCAGUGGGAGAAGAGCAACCCUCUUCGUACAGAGGACCAGACCCUCAUAACCAAAAGAGUUAUGUUUGCCUAUGAACAGUGCCUACUUGUGCUGGGCCAUCACCCUGAUAUCUGGUAUGAAGCUGCCCAGUAUCUGGAACAGUCGAGUAAGCUGCUUGCAGAAAAGGGGGAUAUGAACAAUGCCAAAUUAUUUAGUGAUGAAGCUGCUAAUAUAUACGAAAGAGCCAUAAGCACUUUAUUAAAGAAGAACAUGCUCCUUUAUUUUGCAUAUGCAGAUUAUGAAGAGAGUCGCAUGAAGUAUGAGAAGGUUCACAGUAUAUAUAACAGACUUCUGGCAAUUGAGGACAUUGAUCCCACCUUGGUAUAUAUUCAAUAUAUGAAAUUUGCAAGGAGAGCAGAAGGUAUCAAAUCUGGAAGAAUGAUAUUUAAAAAAGCAAGAGAGGAUGCCAGAACCCGCCAUCAUGUCUAUGUGACUGCAGCACUCAUGGAGUAUUACUGUAGUAAGGACAAAUCUGUUGCCUUUAAGAUUUUUGAAUUGGGACUAAAGAAAUAUGGAGACAUUCCAGAAUAUGUUUUGGCUUAUAUUGACUAUCUCUCUCACCUCAAUGAGGACAAUAAUACUCGAGUUUUGUUUGAAAGAGUUUUAACAUCUGGAAGCCUUCCUCCUGAGAAGUCUGGAGAAAUCUGGGCUCGAUUUCUAGCUUUUGAAAGUAAUAUUGGUGAUUUAGCUAGUAUACUCAAAGUGGAGAAAAGACGGUUUACAGCAUUCAGAGAAGAGUAUGAAGGCAAGGAAACAGCUUUAUUGGUGGACAGAUACAAGUUUAUGGAUUUAUACCCUUGUUCUGCAAGUGAACUCAAAGCACUGGGCUAUAAGGAUGUCUCCCGUGCUAAGCUAGCUGCUAUAAUUCCAGACCCAGUUGUAGCUCCUUCCAUAGUGCCUGUUCUGAAAGAUGAAGUGGAUAGAAAACCUGAGUACCCUAAGCCAGACACUCAGCAGAUGAUUCCAUUUCAGCCACGACAUUUAGCACCUCCAGGCUUACACCCAGUCCCCGGUGGAGUGUUUCCAGUGCCUCCUGCCGCUGUUGUUUUAAUGAAGCUGCUCCCUCCUCCUAUCUGCUUCCAGGGUCCUUUUGUACAAGUGGAUGAACUGAUGGAAAUUUUCCGAAGAUGCAAGAUACCAAAUAGUAAGUAGCAGAAGCUCCAUUUUCAGUGUGGAAUCUCCAUUGUUUCCCAGGGAGACAGGACUGUUCUCUUCACUGAGGUCUAAAGCCAUGCAUCCAGUCUGCAGAGGCGCGGGAGCCCCCGGAGUGUGGGCAGACUCUGGUAACACAGAAUCCGAAUCCUGGCAUGUGUGGGGCGCUGUCUGAUCUGUCUUAGCAUUUUCUUGGUUUUAAUGGCAGCUUGUAAGUUAGUAGCAGUAACACUAUUUAGCCAUGCUUGCUGACAGGCUAUGGAGUGGCCAGAGCACUCUU